GAAGGCAUGCUUUCCACCCCGUAAAGUCCGUUGGAAUACGUCCGUGUGUUUAGCAUUUUCGUACGCGACCCUGCCGGGAAAGCGGCUUCCCAUCUGCGGGAAGCGGAAAGAGGACCGGCUUCGAAGACGGCGGAGGCGACUCUUGGGUCGCGUCGUCUCCAAUCUUCCACUCUGACCGACUCCCGACCGAUCUCCGCCGGAGCCCGCACAACGCCGUCGCCGAUGGGGUUCGCCGCCCGGCCGCUCCCCCUGCUCCUGCUGCUCCUGGUCGCCGGCGCGGCCGCCACCGACCAGAUCUUCACCACCUCAGGUGUGCCGUUCGGGAAGAACUCGCGCGAGCCGAGGUACCGCGUGGAGUUCCACCCCGUCGAUUCGCCAUACCACCCGGAGAAUGGCCAGGAGUCUGAACCAAUGACUGACCACGAGGGGAGACAGUACACCUGCUACCUACCAGUGGAAGAAACCAAGACCAUGAAGUCGAUUGUCCCACAGAAUGCAACCAAUGUUAUAAUAGAAAGCGAACGGAAAGUUAAGCCAAAGGAGCCAGAUGAACUGCUGGAGGUUCUCAAAGACCAGUGCUUCUACAGGCAUGAAGGUUGGUGGUCUUAUGAGUUCUGCUAUUAUGGGAAAAUCCGACAGGUUCAUGUAGAGAAUGAGAAGGUUAUCCAAGAGUAUGUUCUAGGUGAAUAUGACCCUGAUGCAACCGAUGCUUACCAUGACAAUCACACCUCCGAAUCUGCUGAUGAGGACCACGUGAAAGAUACUUCUAAGAGGUAUCAUGUCCACGUGUACACAAACGGGACUGUGUGUGAUCUCACAGAUAUACCACGGUACACAGAGGUUAGGUUUGUUUGUUCCGAGCCCACUGUACUGAUCAGUUCGAUAAAGGAGAUAUCUUCCUGCAAGUAUGUUUUAACUGUCCAAAGCCCAAUGCUCUGCAAGAACCCGUUGUUUCAGCAGGAAAAGCGCACCUUCUUCAUCCACUGCAACGAGUCGCUUGCGGAAGCAGAAGCUGAGGCCGCCGAGGACGACGACUCUCUCCCAAAAGAAGCUCAGAUGUCCAUCGUUCCAAACCCCGACGAAUUGCAUAACUACGCAGCUUACGCUACCUGAUUGCCCGCCAAUCACGGUGCCCUCAGCUGAUGAAAGAUGCCGUUAUUUUGGAAGUACAACAGCAAGUUGGCAACAUAGUAUAACUAUCCCCUGGCUUGUUCUGUCUGACGCCAACUAGUGGUUACAGGGUACUCUUUGAGCAGAUAUCCAUUACUGAAACAGCUUGAGAUUACCUUAAGAGGAAGAUUAAGGGCAAAGAGUGUCCUGCUGUACUGUAGUGGUAUAUAAUUUAGUAAAGGGGGUAUUUGAGAUUCA